AUGGCGCUUGGAGCCAAUCUCACCAACACAGCUCUACGAGCGGCCUCUCUAUUCUGCUAUGUCAUGACAUGGAUUUCCGCCAUCAUCGUCACCGGUAUAGUGGGCAACUUCUUGGAGCGAUUUUCGAACCGGGGCGUUGAUAUCGUGUACAUGGAAGUCAUUGCUGUCAUAACGAUGGUUGUGUACCUCGUUGGAAUGAUUUUGCCAUGCUUACCCAAGUACGGCGGCCAUAUGGCGCCCAUGCAUCUCAUCUUCAGCUAUCUUUGGCUCACGGCGUUCAUCUUUGCCGCUCAAGAUUGGAGCCACCAUCGGUGCAGAAAUUCGAUUCCUCGAUCUGGGCUCUGUGGCCGAAAGCAUGCCAUUGAAGCAUUCAACUUUCUUGCCUUCUUCUUCAUCUUGUGCAACCUCAUCAUUGAAGGGUUCCUCUUCAGAGCUCACAGACGAACCGACACUGGCACCACCGGCACUCACCAUGUUACCAAAGAGCGACCAGCUUCUGGUGUUUCUGGAGUGUCUGGAGAAACUGGCACCACUGCACCACCGCCGCCUGCUGCGGCACCGGUCAACAACGGCACCACUGCUGUCUAA